AUGGCCCAAUCUUCUGGCCAUAUAGUAGGCGUUCACUACAGGGUAGGCCAAAAAAUCGGAGAGGGUUCCUUUGGGAUAAUCUUCGAAGGUGUAAACUUGCUUGAUAACACUCCGGUAGCGAUUAAGUUUGAGCCCAGGAAGUGCGAGGCUCCUCAAUUAAGAGAUGAAUAUAGGCUGUAUAAGAUUUUGAACGGGAGCCAAGGGGUGCCCAAGGUGUACUUCUUCGGUCAAGAGGGCGUCCACAACGUGUUGGUUAUGGAUUUGUUGGGACCAUCCUUGGAGGACUUGUUUGAGUGGUGCGGUCGUAGGUUCAGCAUCAACACGGUCGUCUUGGUUGCCUGUCAGAUGAUUAGAAGAGUUCAAACUUUACAUGAGCAUAGUUUGAUCUACAGAGAUAUCAAACCAGACAACUUCUUGGUGGGGCGCCCACAGACGAAGACUGCUCAACAGGUACACAUUGUCGAUUUUGGAAUGGCAAAGCAAUAUAGAGACCCUAGGACUCAUCAACACAUUGCCUACAGAGAACGCAAGGCAUUGAGUGGUACCGCCAGGUAUAUGUCUAUAAACACACAUUUGGGAAUCGAGCAACUGCGAAGGGAUGAUUUGGAACUGAUGGGCCAUGUAUUUAUGUACUUUUUACGUGGCUCGCUCCCCUGGCAGGGUCUAAAAGCACCUACAAACAAGCAAAAAUAUGAAAAAAUUGGAUUAAAGAAGCAACUGACGCUGGUAAGUGAAUUGUGCUCUGGAUAUCCAGUUCAAUUUGCCCAAUAUUUGAGUUAUGUGCGCAAUUUGAAGUUCGACGAAGAGCCAGACUACGAGUACUUGAUAGGCUUAAUGGAAAGAGCCAAGGAAGAGACUACGGCCUCUGGAUCUGGCUCUGCUAAGCUGAUAGGAAGUGAAAGGCAGGACGAUAAUCUGGCUACGAUUGUACAAACUCCAACACCAACAUCUACAGUGAACAACAAGGAGGUAGACGACGAGGAAUCAAUUGAAUACGUCAAUGCGCACUAUGACUGGAUGGACCUAAAUAAUGGGAAAGGAUGGGACGCAGCGCUCAAUAAGAAGACCAACUUACACGGGUACGGCAACCCAGCCCCAAGAAAGCAAACUGGUCAACCUAAUGCACAUACAAAUGGCAAGCCAACACAAAAACUUCUUCCCAAGCAAAGACCGAUUCAAAACUAUGGAGCUGUUCCAGUUAUGGAUCAAAGGCAUAGUACCCAUACCAGUAAUCAGGGAGUAGUAGCAGGGCAAAUAAGAAACCACCCAAACGAUGAUUUAUAUAGUGACAGUUCUUCAUUUGCGAGAAGGAAUCCAUGCUGGUUAAGAUGGUGUUGCUUUCCUUAA